AUGCCCGUUUCAACCUUCUCUCCACACCACCAUACUGCUCAUUCUCGUGGAGCCUUGAUCCAACGUUGCACCUCGACGCAGCAUCGCAUCAAUGCCAGUGCUGACGAACGACGGCGCGCCAUGAGCGACAUGCAGGACCUGCACGGCAUUGGCCUGCACCACCACCACCCUCCAGACUGGCCCCUCGCUUCGUCGCCGACAGAAGCGAGUGCCCGCGAGCCAGCCAAAGUGCUCCAGCACCAUGCGAGGGCGGAGCUGGAGCAGGAAGCGGUGGAGCAGGCGGCGGUGUUGACGAGCGUCGACGACAUCAACAUGCCCAUGCCCAUGCCCAUGCCCGUGCCCAUGCCCGUCGACAGUCCCACCUACACCACCGAGCACCAUGUGACCCACGACGCCGAUGCCGACGCCGACGCCGACGCCGACGCCGACGACCACAUCGAUCAUCCUGGCUCGCUUGAAACGUUGCGAACUCCCCAAGCUCUUCGCAGAGAGGAAUCUGUUCACAAUGCAACGCCAUCCAGACCAGCGCACCGCCAUCUCGAAUCUCCAUCACACCAUCCACAUUCCGGAGUCUCGGCAAUACCAUCUGACCAGGCCUCCCAGGCAAGACUUUCACCGAGCAUCGCUCCUCAGCCGGAAAUAGAAGCGUGCGAGGAAAGGCCGAGUGCUGGGGUCAAUGGGCCAGAAAUGGACAUGGAGGAGGAUGACUUGGGAGAACUUCGAGAUAUAGCCACACCAAUCCCUCUGGCGCCCAACACGCCGGAACAGCAGCAAUGCGCCUUCAGCAAUUUGCGAAGUUCCAUAUCGAAGGCGCCCAUGAAUACACCUCCGCAACGACGACCUUCAACGCGAAACUCAUUCUACAAUAACACCACCCAAAUCGCACAUCCCAAAGACCGCGUGCGCUACAGUUGGCAGUCUGCCCAAGAUGACGAACCCAAUCGCCCGCGCAUACAUGUCAUCAAGCUGCUCUCGAACACGGCCACAGCUUCAGCCGCCUUUCCGACCGGUGAAGCGUUCGGCUUCUCAAUAUCGCCAGGAGGCAGGAGGAUAGCAGUUUACAACAGUGCCCGCCUGUACGUGCUUCAGACCGCAGCACUGCCAGUAGGCAUCACACAGGACUAUGCGUUGAAGCGGACUCCGUUAGCCGUGGAGCUCGUCGAUGAAGGCACAACGAUCGCCAUAUUGGCAGAUGAUCAUACUGUCAACGUCUACGAAUUGGGACAUGUGCUCAAGAGGUCACGCACCAUCAAGCUCGACUUCCCAACGAGCACCAUUGCCUUGGCUCCAACUGGAGGUCUCCUUGCCGCAGCCUAUGAGGGCGGCAUUGAGGUCUUCUCCUUGCAUCCCGAGGCAACUCCUUCCGACCGAAGAGCCGUUCGAUGCGUAAAGAUGGAUCGGAUCAGCUUCUCGGAUGACGGUUCAACAUUACUGGGAACGACCACAAGAAUCAACGCUUCGUCGACCGUCGUCGUUUCGGUCCCCGUGUUCCCUUCGCACGCCAACGGCCUGCCUACGCACGAAGAGUUGCGAGAAGCGUGGUGCUCCGAGCUCCUGCAUCCAGAGAAUAUCAGAAACUCGAGCCACGCCACUUUCAUGAGAGAAGACCGGAAGACGACCAAUGAACGACUGUUUGCAUGGAAUGGCUUAGAGGACACAUUUGGCAUCCUGAACGUUGCCGAUAUGCAAUACGGCACUAUUGACUUCCCAGUAGUCAUAUCGCCACCGCUAUCGACGUGUGGAGGUCUUGGAGCGGCGAUCCACAGCUGUCCGGCCAUGGACGAGCAUGGCGAUACAGUAGCGAUGAUCGUCAAUGACAGGACCAUCCGCCUUUACAUCGUCCCGCACAAGGCUGACGAGGACGCAACUUCGGUCGAGGCACACAGUAUUGACCACGAACUAGAUGAGGGUUACGGAUGUCCUUUUAGCGAAGCACGGUGGGUCUAUAGCUCUGCAUCAUUACCCGCACCUCUGGACAAUAAGACAGCUGUCAAAGGCCGGCUGAUUGUUACGAGCCCUGGUGGCGUUACUGAGAACGGGAUCAGCGAGGAGAGUGUCGAGGAGAUCGAAGGUGGCAGAAUCAUACUGUUCGACUUCGAUCCGCAAUUUGCUGGCCAGCCCGGCGUCACCUUCAAUCUGACGCUGGGUAAGUCACCUCCUCAAAUGCUGGAGGAAGAGCAGAUGGAUGUUUCGGAGGCGAUCAGCUUGGUGAGACGGAGGACGGUGAACCAAAACAGAAGCAACGCACUGAACGCACGACCGGCGACACUGGGUCGAUCUGCGACAAUGCAUGGCAAUAGGAAUAAUCGAGGCAUGAGUCCAGCUGUCAGCGCAGCCGGCAUGAGUCGCAGCCGCAAUAGUAUGCUCUCCAUUGGAAGUCUUCAAUCGGAGGCCGCACGUAGUUUGCCGGAUCUGCAGGAGAGCAAUGAAGCAGCCAUCGAGGCCUUUGAGGAGCCGUAUGUGCAAGGCGCACCACGAUCACAAGCUUCUUUACAGCGGGCGGCAUCGAAUGCGCAGAGACAUCGAUUUCAGACGCUGGAGGAGAGACAACAGGAGCGUGUCAGUGUGGAUUCGUCAGGACACUUCUUACCUUUGCCUGAAUACACGGAGGAGCCCAACGCGCCUCUGCCCAGUCGUUUUAGGGCGAUGGCUGGACUAGACGCGCCUGCUGUGUUCAACCGCCCUAAGCCUGCUAUUGUCACCACGGUGAAUGGCAGUGCGAGCGCUCCAAGCCCGAGCUCUAGCUCUUCCGCCACCCCUCAUACAGCACCGCCAGAUGUCGGCGAGAACUUCAGCGCAGAUCUUGCCUUUCGAGCUGCCACAGCGAAUCUCGCGGCAGGACAUCAUCCGACCACCACCACUGAAACGAUCAUCGAGGAACCACGCAACUCAACGUUGUUGCACAGUCCAGUCUCGACGCCAAGCUCGAUACCUGCCAGCAUGCAGCGAAACUCGCAAUAUGGCGCAAAUGACUCGCACGCCCCGCCUCGUGACGCUGUCAACCCACUCACGCGAGCAGGAACAUUUGAUGCUCGAACAGACACUUUCACGCGUUUUGCCCCAUCAGCUCGUCAGGGCACGUUUGAUUCUCUUUCGUCGCUGCCCAGAAGCCUGCAGCGCGCCUACAGCAAUGCGAACGCUGUCUCGCCGAUCGGAAACUAUGCUCCGCCGAGCCUGAAUGGUGACUGGAGUAAUGCCGUCAGUCCGAUCGGCCACGCGCCAUCCAGCUCGCACGAGCAGACCUCAAUUAGCGGUGUGCCGGAGAGUGAAGCAUGGGAUGUGAUAUCUCCAGUGGCUUCUAGUGAUACACUCGCAUCAUUCGCCCGAACUCCAAAUGGUGCCAAUCCGUACCGAUACUCGACCUCACUGCUCAAUCCUCCCGGGCACAUGCCACCGCCGCGAGCAUCCACCUCGUCGGGCGCUUCAUCUGCGACUGUGCCUGGGAUGACCGCUCCUUCAGCCGCUCGAAGAAUGCCGCCUCACAUGCAAGCGUUCCGCAAUGCCGCAGCAGCCAAUGCUUCUGCGUCACUGUUCCCUCCCACGCAGCCCUCCGACCACGUCCCGCUACGCCAACCGAAGUCAAACGCAAGCAGCGUCGCGCACCCCAUUACGGCCUGGCAUCCUCCGGCAGCUUCCACUUCUCAACCGCUGGGAAGCAGUUAUGGAAGCGUUCGUCGCUCACACAGUCGGAAGAGCAGCUUGGCGGGCAAGAGCGCUUUCCCUUCUACGGCCAAAGCAAAAAGGCUUGGGUUCUUCAAAAAGUCCCGCAAACCUGAUCCUUUCACUCCAAUGUAUGGACGCGAGAUUUACGAAAACAGUAGCAUCAUGGAAACCAAGAGCAUGAUGACGUGGAUGACCAAGAGCGACAGUAAGUGUGCUGUCAUGUGAAAAUAAAGAAGAUGGGAUAUGGGAGCGUUCUCGUUUUCCCACUUGUUUCUGUAAGAAGUGUACGGACGCAGAGCAUAACGAGGUGCCUAUAAUGCCAGACUGAGACGAGAUACCCUUUGAGCGGCUCAAGUGAGCGAGCGAGGUCAUAGCGUAGGCGUUAGGAGACUCGCCUUUGCAUAG